UCAUAUUUCCUAAUUAAGUUUCUAAUUAAGAUGGAGAAACAAUCAACCUCUCUAGUUGCUAGCAAUGAAGAGAUAGUUCGUAAGACAUCGAAAUAUCAUCCAAGUGUUUGGGGUGAUUAUUUUAUCCAACAUAUUUCUCCUACUCUUACAAAGGAAGUGAGCGUCAAAAGAGCGGAGGAGCUCAAGGAGCAAAUAAAGAAGUUGUUUCAAGAAACCAGUGAUGUAUUAGAGCUUAUGAAUUUAGUCGACUCGAUUCAGUUGCUCGGAUUGGAUUAUCACUUUGAGAAAGAAAUAAAUGCUGCACUUAGUUUAAUCUUUGUGGCUGAUGCUAAGAACUAUGGGCUUUAUGAAACUUCUCUUCGAUUUCGAUUGCUUAGGCAACAUGGAACCUACGUGUCUGCAGAUGUUUUUAACCGGUUCAUAGAUGAGGAAGGAAGCUUCAAAUCAACAUUGAAUGAAGAUGUAAAGGGAUUAUUAAGCUUAUACAAUGCUGCUUACCUUAGGAUACAUGGGGAGAAUAUACUUGAUGAAGCCAUUUCAUUUACAAAGAGUCGACUUGCGUCAUUGUUAGGCAAACUUGAACAACCUUUAGUGAUAUUGGUGUCACUUUUCCUUGAGACACCGCUAUGUCGGAGAAAUAGGAGACUCCUGACAAGAAAAUACAUCCCAAUUUAUCAAGAGGUUGAGAGACAAAAUGAUGCAAUAUUAGAGUUUGCAAAGCUGGACUUCAAUCUACUACAAUCUCUUCACAAAGAGGAACUAAAGGAAAUUUCAAUAUGGUGGAAUGAUUUAGGACUUGCUAAGUCUCUAAACUUUGCUCGUGAUCGAAUGGUGGAAUGCUAUUAUUGGAUAGUUAAUGUGCACUUUGAGCCUCAGUAUUCUCGUGCAAGAUUGAUUUGUAGCAAGGUUAUUUUAUUUCUAUCACUUAUGGAUGACAUAUAUGAUAAUUAUAGUACAUUGCAAGAGAGCCAACUAUUAACUGAGGCAAUUCAAAGGUGGGAACCUCAAGCCAUUGAUGAGGUACCAGAGUACUUGAAGGAUUUCUAUCUCAAGUUGCUAAGGACUUUCAAGGAUUUUGAAAAUGUACUAGAAAGUGAUGAGAAAUACCGUGUAUCAUUUCUUCAAGAUGAGAUAAAAGCAUUAUCCAGAUCUUACUUCAUAGAAGCCAAAUGGGGCAUUGAAAAAUAUAUUCCCUCCCUAAAGGAACAUCUAAGUAACUCAUUGGUUUCCACUGCAUAUCCUGUGCUUAUUUGUGCCUCUUAUGUAGGCAUGGAUCAAGUGGCAACAAAGGAGGUAUUUGAGUGGGUUGCAAGCUUCCCUAAAAUCCUUAAAGCUAGCACUAUGAUUUGUAGACUCAUGGAUGAUGUAACUUCACAUGAGCUUGAGCAGGAAAGAGAACAUGCAGCUUCAACAGUAGAAUGUUACAUGAAAGAGUUUGCAACAAAUGAAAAAGAGGCUUAUAAGAAUCUUAUGGAGAUGGUGGAAGAUGCAUGGAAGGAUCAUAACAAAGAAUGUCUCAAUCCAACACAAGUACCUCGACUUUUAAUUGAAAAAAUAGUAAACUUUUCAAGGGUAAUAGAAGAAUUAUACAAGUACAUUGACACAUUCACCAAUUCCAAAACUACAAUGAAAGAUAAUGUUUACAUGUUGUUGGUUGAAUCUGUUCUUAUUUAAGAGUGUCACACCCUACAAAAUCCUAGCUAUUGUUGUAAUAAGGGGCCACCAUCAGACACAAUUUGAGGCCAUUUAAUCUACAUUUGAAUAAAGUGGAAUUUGAGUUUGGAUGAUUUAUAGUAUGUUAUUGAGGUACUGGAAUGCUCCAAGUAUAAGGUGCAUAUUGGAGCAUGCAUGUAAAAUUGUAGUAAA